GCCAUCGAUCUUUCCGAUCACGGAACAACCGUACGAACCGAAACUAUAUCUGCGGCGAAGUAGAAAUGUGGAAGGAGGAAUCUUUGGAUUUAGUGCUUGUGCCGGCGGGUCUGGUCGUGAUGGUCGCUUACCAUGUCUGGCUCGUCUACGCUAUUCUCCAUCGUCCCAAGCUCACUGUUAUCUCUCUCAACGCUGAGUCUCGACGACAAUGGGUCUUCUCUAUGAUGACUGAACCUUUGAAAAACGGUACCUUGGCUGUUCAGACAAUCCGGAACAACAUAAUGGCAUCAACCCUUUUAGCCACAACAGCAAUCACUCUAUGUUCAAUCAUUGGCGUCUUUGUAAGCAACUCGUCAGCUUCAAAAUCCACCCCGACAAGUCUGAUAUACGGGAACAAAAGCCCUCGCUUAGCAUCAAUCAAGAACUUUGCAAUCCUGAUCUGCUUCCUCAUGGCCUUUCUCUGCAACAUUCAGUCAAUCAGGUACUACGCUCACGUAAGUUUCCUAGUCACAGUGCCUGUCUCGAGAGGGAAAAGAGAGCACUGCGAGUACGUUUCUAGAAACCUGAACCGAGCUAGCUACUUCUGGUCUCUCGGAUUACGGGCUUUCUACUUCUCCUUCCCGCUCUUCCUAUGGACCUUCGGGCCAAUCCCGAUGUUUGUGUGCUGUUGUAUGAUGUCCUCCAUUCUAUAUUUUUUGGACACGACCACUAGUUUCACCAGGCAUCUCCAUAGCCAGUCGUUCAGAGAAACGGCUGAUUCAAUGGACGGUGAAAUCGAAUCAGCAGUUCAUGCUCUGUAGAUUCUUCUCUGAUUUUUAUUGUGUAUAAUGAGGAGUAUUAACGGAGUGUUUUUGUAAUGUGAUGGAACAACAUUGGCUGCAAUUGUGUAUUUGCGUUUGCGUUUUCAUGUUACAAUGAUUAUAAUAUUAUAAUAUGAAAACGCAAACGCCUACCUAAACGCAAACAAACAAUAAGUAUUUCUUGGGAUUUGUUCUCAAAUGUAUAAUGUAUUUCUUCUUCAUCACUGAAAGUAACGGUUUUAGCUUUUUCUUAUAAACGAAUUUUCUGGAC